AUGUCUGCCACUCAGAUAUCUCACCUCCUCGAAUGGUUUAGGAGCAACGGCGGCCAUCUGGACGAGAGCGUAGAGGUUUCUGAGGACGUCGGGAGCGACACACCUUUGAUCGACGGCGUCGCGGCUAAGCUUGUGGGGUAUGCGCCCGUCCACGUAGUAUCCUACUUUACUCUCAUCGAGCAGCGUCUGAUGGGGAUCGAUUCCUUUUGGGCACCCUACAUCAGAUGCCUACCCAAAGAGAGUAAGCUGAACACGCCGCUGUUCUUCUCGGAUGAGGACCAGCAAUGGCUCCUCGGGACGAACCUACUGCCAGCUGCUCAGUCCCGACAUGCUCAGUGGAGAAGCGAGUGGGAAGCUGCUUGUCAUGCCCUGCAUGAUCAGGAUGUAGAGGCCAGGGAUUACACGUUGGAGCUUUACUUGUGGGCCGCGACCGUCUUCACAUCCCGUAGUUUCGCGUCAAACGCAGCCCUACCGGAGUACGAGGAGGUCUUCCCGCUUCUGUAUCCUGUGCUCGAUAUUGCCAACCACAAGGUCGGAGCUAAAGCCGUGUGGGGUUUCAAGGCGGGCUCCUUCGAUCUCCGGAUAGCUGAACCCAUCUCGAUGGGCGAUCAGGUUUUCAACAAUUACGGACCAAAGGGAAACGAGGAAUGUAGGUGA